AUGCCCUUCCUUACCCUUGGUGGCUUUCCGGCUUUCAUCUAUCAACAACUCUUCAUAACCCCCACUCUCGAUCCCACUCUCACCUUCGCCGGCCAGACUGUCAUCAUCACAGGCGCAAACAUCGGUCUAGGAUUUUGCGCAGCCCAACAAAUCGCUCAGCGCGGCAUCUCUAAACUUAUCCUUGCCGUACGCUCUCUCUCCAAAGGCGAGGCCGCUGCCGCUCAAAUCCGAGCCAGUCUCUCGAGCAGCCAAAGCCUAGAGAUCGAAGUAUGGCCACUUGAUCUUUCUUCAUAUCAGUCUGUGAAGGAUUUCACAACGAGAGCAAAGGGAUUGGAGAGGUUAGAUGUGCUGUUGGAGAAUGCUGGCAUCGGAAAAGAUGACUUCAGUGUGACGGAGGACGACGAGGCCACGAUUACAACGAAUGUCGUUUGCACGACCCUGUUGGCGCUCUUGCUUCUUCCGAAACUGCGCGAGACGGCGGAAAAGUUUGAGGUUGUGCCACACUUGACCAUGGUGUCAAGCGAGACAGCGUUUUGGGCGAAAUUCGAGGAGCGGAAGGCGGAUAAUAUUUUUGAGAAGUUGGCGGACCCGAAGUCGAACAUGGCUGACCGAUACAUGACUUCCAAGCUCAUCGCCAUAUACUGCUUCCUCGAAAUCGCGUCGCGCUCAUUUUCUUCGUCCGCGCCACCCGUCAUUAUCAACUACGUUAAUCCCGGUUUUUGUCGCUCUUCCCUCGACCGCGACAUGAAAGGCAACGUCAUCACUUCCAUCUUCAAACUACUCUUACAGCGCAAAACCGAGGUCGGCGCCCGCACACUGGUUCACGCAUCUGUGGCAGGGAAAGAAUCACAUGGGCAAUAUUUGUGCGACUGUCUUGUUCAUCCGUCACCUGUCGAUAGGAGCGAUCUUGUCGCGGAGAGAGAUGAGUUGCAGAAGAAAAUAUGGAGUGAGAUGACGAUGAAGUUGGAGAAGAUAGAACCUGGUGUUACGCGUGUGGUUUGA